AAAAAUUAAUAAUUGGUUGAAAUAAAACAAGACGAAAUAUUUAUUCAAUAAAAAUUGUGAUUUAAGUGUAUUUGGAGAAAUAAAAUAAAGAUUCGCAUAACACUAUGAGUGACGAUGACAGGGAUAUUGACAUUGAAAGUGACGAUGACAACGACUCGGACACAGGAGCAAUUUCCCAACGUCACACAAACACUCAAAACUUCACACCGGCGGAAAAACGAGCUCAUCACAAUGCAUUAGAGCGCAGACGACGGGAUCACAUAAAAGAGAGUUUCACUAGCUUACGAGAAGCUGUGCCGUCACUCAAAGGCGAAAAAGCAAGUCGGGCGCAAAUUUUGAAAAAGACCACUGAAUGCAUACAGAAGUUUAGAAACAAAAUCCAGCAGAACCAAAAGGAUGUUGAAGAAUUAACUAAGCAAAAUGCAGACCUGGAGAAACAAAUUCACUUGUUAGAAGAUGCUAAAAAUGGUUACAGUAUAGAUCCUGCUGAAAUUCAGCAACUGGCGCAAGCAGAUCAAUCCUCACAGCAUGACAGUUCCGACAACGACGAGCAGGACUUUAGUCGCCGCAGUAAAAAAAUGAAAACUUCUUAUCAAUCCUAGUUAGUAAACAUCUAACCGAGUUUUAUAGUUUAAGUUGUGCAAAUUCGUUGUAAAUUGACAAUUUAUAACAUGUACAUAGUUUGUAAGUGAUUAAAGAUUUAUUUUA